UGCCAUACAACGUGUAAAAUCUCCCCUAGACCAUUAAAACAAAAUGACCAACCUCACAACAUGCGAGGACAAUCCUUUCCAAGUUCUCAUCACGGAGACAAAUAACGAUGCGGCUGAAUUGCAGUCCCGCUACGAGAACCAUCGAGUGAAUCGAAACACGCAGCAAGCUAGGAAGAUCCUGGCACCGGACUUCGCAGGCUGGAAUCUCGACGAAGUCUUAAUGCGCCUCGAUGGCCCUGCACGGGAAGAGGGAUAUGUCGAUCCUCGCAACUGCCUGGUCAUUUGGGCCCGGCCUACUUCCCCAGUUCGGGAUCUUAUAAAGUUCGUGCAAAAGGCGCUCGGUAGCGUGGCUCCAUCUCUCUGGCUCAUGCCCCCCGAGAACCUGCACAUAACCGUCUUGGAAGUAGCCCAUUCUUUGACCGAGGACCAGAUUGACAGACUUGUCGACACUCUGCAGUCGUCACAAAGCAUAUCCCCUGUAGAGAUAGCGGACUAUUCAUUCUCUCACCGCACGCGCCUUAUUAAGCCUAUGGUCAGCUUUGAUUCUACGGCUAUGGCACUUAGCUUUGUCCCUGCAGCCGGAGAAGCUUCCGAUGCCCGGCGGAGUACUGCAGAUGAUACAUACAGUUAUCAUCAUCUCCGUCGCGACGUGUUUGAUAUGGUUCGGGCGGCUGGUGUACCGGUGGCGUCACGGUAUAUUGCUCCUUCGGCGCAUCUCACCAUUGCUCGGUUCAUCACUCAAGAAGGCUUUGUGAAGCAAGGGGCUGGAUUGGUUGAUGCUAAAAUAGAUCCUGUUAAGGUCAAAGAGUUGACUGAUAAAAUCGAGGAAAUCAACCAAAAGUUACAGGCCGAAUAUUGGCCUGACCAGAACGGGGUCAAGGCUGAGGGCGAGUGGCUUGUUGGCCAAGGACAAGGGCUCAUUAUUCGUAGAGGCCGUCUUUGGUAUGGCGGGGGUGAGGAUGUACAGGUUGGGCAGGGAUAUGCGUGA